AGUACACGCAACAGACUGACACACUGAUGUCACAAUUGCCACUUUCUUAUUCAUCUCCGCAGCUCAGCAAAAAAUACUCGUAGUUUUAAAAACAGCAGUACGGUCAGUUGACCCAUGGUGAGCGUUCUCUUUUCUGUCCUUGUUUCCCCCAUGAACGUCCAUGGUCAUAAAAAGGUGUUUAUGCAGUGACAUAUCAUUUCGGCACUAUCCUGCGGCAGUAAAAACACAUUUUGUGCUUAAUACGAAUUGGAUUAAAACCAUUGCGGACACGAUACCAGGUCCCAUAUACAGGGGGCACAUGACAGAUUGAUGCCUCAUAUGGUGGGUCAAAUGGCUGCCUCGCCACAGGAGAAUGUCAUCGUUAAACAAGAGACACUGGAAUCCACGGUGGGUAGCUGUGAACGAUGUAGUGGUUGUGGUGGUUCUAUUACUGAUCGUUUCUUGCUUCGUGUUGGUGGAGGAUUGAGUUGGCAUAUGAAAUGUUUGAGUUGUGCUGAUUGUCUAGCCAGUUUGGAUACUCGGCUAACAUGCUACUGCAGAGACUCUCAGGUGUACUGUAAGCACUGCUACUCAAGGAGCUUUAGUACUAAGUGUGCUGGUUGUGCACGCACUAUCCACUCGAGUGAUUGGGUUCGCCGAGCUAAGAAUCAUGUUUAUCAUCUCGCGUGUUUUGCCUGCGAUGACUGCAAGCGCCAACUUUCUACAGGUGAAGAAUUUGCUAUGAUAGAGAACAAAGUACUAUGUAAAGCGCAUUACCUUGAAAUGGUCGAAGGCAGUUUACAAUCAAGUAGUGGCAAAGAUGAUUCUGGCUCUUUUUAUGGAUGUGAAAAUGGCGAAAACAGACACAUUCAUAAGUCGAAGCGAAUAAGGACUACGUUCUCGGAGGAGCAGUUGGAGGUGUUACAAGCCAACUUUAACGUAGAUAGUAAUCCAGACGGUCAAGACUUGGAGCGAAUUGCCCAACAAACAGGCCUUAGCAAAAGGGUUACACAAGUUUGGUUUCAGAACUCACGUGCUCGUCAAAAAAAGCACAAGGAUUCCCCAAGCGACGUAUUUCAUGGAUCAGCAUCUGGCGAUGAAGAUACCAGGAGAGAUACAUGCAGGAAAUGUGGUACUGUUUACUGUUUGUGUAUAAAAGAAGUCUCUACUUGCUCCUCGUAACCAAGACCCAACAUCUGCUGCUGAUUCUUCAUCAUAAACAAACUCAAUUCGGUUUGAGCAAAAACCACCACAAGUUUAAACGCAACGAUAAAGGCAAUCUAUUAAAUAAUCUAUUAAUGAUUAAACUGACCCUCUUCUUGUUCAGACCAUGCAAAUGUUGACCAAGAAGUGCUCACAACCCCUUUAUUAUAUUCACUGUAGUACAGUAUGCCUACAUGAUGUGCUCAAAGUUUCCGUUUCACCGUGGUCUUACACACCGUUUAAAUUUACCGACUGGAGUUUUCCCCUCUUCCUCUUUUUUGUUGUAAUUUUGUUUAUGAAUACGUUCCUCCAACUUACCUGAGGGAUAAUUUCCUUAACAAUUUUGGAUACGCUGCAGAGUCAUGUGAAUAAACUUAACAGAAACUCCAAACAAUAGCAUUGGGACUAUUGGAAGUUAAAGGGACACGUUGCCUUGGAUCGGUCGAGUUGGUCCAUGAAAAGCGUUUG